AUGGAUCAACCAGGCAUGAAUGAAUCAGGGAUGACACAACCAGGUGUAAGCCAACCAGCUAUGAGUCCACCAGACCUGAGCCCACACAACAUGCAACAACCAGGGACAAGUCAGCCAUACAUGAACCAGCCAAGCAUGAACCAACCAGGCAUGAAUGAACCAGGUGUGACAAUACCAGACUCAAGCCAAUCAGAUAUAAAUCAAGCAGGCCAGAGCCAACCCAAUAUGAAACAACCGUGGUCAAGCACGAACCAACCAGGCAUGUACAAAACAGACAUGAGCCAACAAAGUAUGAGGGAGUCAGACCCAAGACAACUGGAUAUGAAACAACCAAGUGCAAGUCAACCAGGUAUGAAACAAGCAGGCAUGUGGCAACCAGGCCCACCCACUCUGGAUAUGAAACCAGUAAACCCAUGGCAAUGGGACCCAGAGUAUUCAGGCAGGGGACCACCAGACAUGUGGCAAACAACCCAAAGUAAUCAGGGAACAGGGCAAUCAGAUACAGUGCAACAAGACCCUAGCUGUGCAGAACAGAAACAACCAGAUACAUGGAAACAGGACCCAAGUUUUCCAGGAAUGAAAGAAACAGAACCAUGGCAAUGGGAAUCAAGCCCUACAAAUGUGAGACAAAUAGAUGCAUGGAAGUGGGGCCCAGACCAUCCAGGCAGCAAACAAUUAAAUUUAUGGCAACCACAAUUAAGUGACUCAUCUACCAGACAAUAUGACUUGAGACAAGAAGUUCCCAUUGAACUUGUUACGAAGCAACUUGAUACAUGGCAACUAGUCCCUAAUCAACAAGGCAAGACACAAUCAAGCUCAGGUCAACAGGGUCCUAGCCAACAAACUAUGAGACAUUCAGUCACAUGGCAAACAGAUCCUAGCCCACUAGCAAGAAAAUUGUCAGGUUCAUGGCAUGUGGGCCUCAACCAAUCAGGUAUGGAGCAGUUGAAUACAUGUCAAACAGGCUUCGGCCAAAGGUACGGCAUGUGUCAAUCAAGUGCCAGCCAAUCAAGCAUGAAAGAGUUGGGCACAUGGCAAUCAAGUAGCUGUCAACCAGAUAUGAUAGAUGUGGAUGUAUGGCAAUCAGGCACCAGCCAACCAGGCAUGCAACAGAUGAAUCCAUGGCAAUGGGGUCCCAACUACCCAGGCAAUAUACAACCAGGCCAAUGGUCACCAGGCCCCAAUGCUCUGGAUGUGAGACAAUUAGAUUCAUGGCAACCAGUCCAACCUGGCAUGAAAUAUUCAGACUCAGGGCCAUGGGGUCCAAGCCACUCAGAUAUGAGACAAUCAGAUUUAUGGCAACCAAGCCCCUGCCAAUUAGUCACAAGACAAUAUGAUGCAUGGCAGCAAAAUCCCAGCAUGCCUGGUGUUAGACAAUUAUACACAUGGCAGCCAACCCCAAGUUUCUCUGACAUAAGACAAUUAGAAAAAUGGCAACCCUGCCCUAUCAAUCCAAACAUGGAACAAUCAGAUAAUUAUUGGGAAGCAGUGUCAAGGCAACGAGGAACCACUCAGUUAGGCACAAACCAAUUAGAUACAAACCAACCUGAUGGCACCCAGUCAAGCCAAGGAGGAAAGACACAAUCAGAUAAAUCAGAACCAAGUCCAAGCAAACCAGAGAUGAAAGGUAGUCCAUCAGACACUAUCCAGUCAGACUCAGAUCAACUACACAUAAGCCAACCAGGUCCAAGUCAAUUAGAGCCAGGUGAACCAAGCAUGAGUGAUUUAAAUGAAAGUCAACAAAGAAUUACACAACGGCCCACUGGGAAAAAAAAUACUUGCUCCUUCUUCAUAAGACCUGCUAAACCUGAAGAUUGCCCAGAUAUCCUGAAAUUGAUUAAAGAACUGGCUUCCUAUGAAGGCAUGCAAGAAAAAGUGUCAUUAACAGAACGGGAUUUAUUCAGGGAUGGUUUUGGGGACAAUCCACUUUUCUACUGCUUGAUUGCUGAAGCACCCAGUGAACAGACAGAAUCAGGAGUCAAAACCAUUGGAUUUGCCAUGUACUACUUCACUUAUGACCCACGGAUUGGCAAACUGCUUCACCUAGAGGAUUUUUAUAUCACUGAAGACUAUCAAGGUAUAGGUAUUGGGGCUGACAUGCUGAAGAAGCUAAGUCAGAUAGCCAUCAACACCGAAUGUUGUGGCAUGCAGUUUCUUGUCAUCAUUUGGAAUCAGGAUUCUGUUGAGUACUACACUCGCCUAGGGGCUUUAGACCUCUCCUGUGAGGAAGGCUGGCAUUUGUUCAGAUUUAACUUGGAUGAUCUCCUGGAACUUGCAGAAGAAGAAUGAACACAAAACAAAAAAUAAAACAAAAUAGUAACAACUCAUCACAACAUAGGCCUCAACAUUUGAAUGUCGCCUGAGAAACAUCACUUUGACAUCAAAUGUUGUAAAAUAAAGCAGGUGAACGC